AUGCUGAAGAACUGUUCCACCUUGUAUAUAAGUUCAAAGACGCGAAGGAGGGCAUCCAAAAAAUAUGCAAAGAGAUCCAGCCUCUCAGUGCUGCUUUACGAUUUAUCAUUGCUUGCAAAAUCAUUCGAGUCUGAUCAAUAUUUGGUCCAGAAUGCUAUAUCGCGACUGGAAAAGGCCGCCAGUAGAUUAAAGGAUGGGCUAGCUCGAGCGGCGACUGCCAAGUUGAUAUGGCCCUAUUCAGAGAAGGAGGUUCAGAAACUGCUUGAGGAAAUCUCAAGACACAAAGAGACAAUGACGCUUGCGCUCUCCGCCGAUUCCUUGAAGAAGCUGUUACAGGCUCUGUCCAAACAGAGCGAGAUAAGUGACGGAACUGACCAUCUUCACAGAAAGCUGACCGGAAUAGAGACACGGAUUACAUUGGAUAAGCGGCGUAAUGAUGUUCUUAACGUCUUUAUGCGCUAUAACACGCAGCCUCAUUUCGAGAUGAGCUUGAGUCUUCGCCAUCCUUCAACCGGUCUUGGUUGA